AUGGGAGGUGUUGAGAUGGAGUCAAGAAAAGCUGAGGAAUGGGCUAGCCAGUUGCAGUGUUGGUCUCUUCAGCUCAUUAACUGUUUCGCCUUUAAACCAGAGUUUCUUCCCACUCUGUGCAAACCUGAGUUUCUAGUCAAUCUUCCGGUUAUGUGGGGUGGACUUGUUAAUGAGAACUCUCCGGCUGGUAUUGGUUUGCUUAGAACAAUCUGUCAGCAUAAACUUGGCCGUGGACCUGUCUCUGCGUGUCCAGGAAUGAUUGAGGCUUUGUGUAACAUCGCUCGUUCUUCUGAUGAUUGGCAGUAUAUGGCGAUCGAGUGUCUUCUUUGGUUGCUUCAAGAUCCUAAUACAUCUCACAAAGUAAUAGACAAAGCAGUGCCUACGCUUGUUGAUCUUGCAGAGAUCACAAACUUGGGUGAUCACAAGAAACUUGGA